AUGGAGGUCAGAAGAACCACUCCAAAAUCCUCGCCAAACACUGCAAACGAAGUUUCGAAACAAUCGAGUCCGAGUACGAAAAAGCAAUCGACUAUCUCAAAAAAAUCAAAAAAAGAAGAGAACGUGACCGGAACGAUGACAAUGCCAAGUUCCAAAGAAAAAGCUAAUGACUCGUCUCCCCUUUCCUCUACUAUUGACUUGACAGAAAAACAACAAAACGACAUUUCGGAAGCCCGAAUUUCGCCGAAACCAGCGAAGAAAUCUGGAGAGAAAGCGGAAGAAAAGUCGUCAAUUCGAUUGGGAAAUGGGAUGAUGGAAGAAGAGAAAGAUGAUCACCGAACCAACAAAUUAGUCGGAACUCAAACCGAAUCAGAGCGCAAGGAAAUCGAAAAGAUGCCGUAUUCGUUCGAGAAUAUUCCGGCUGCGAAAUUCGAACCAGCUCCACCGAAAACCAAGGAAAAUUCUGCGGAGAAAGUGGAGGAAUCACCGAAGAAACCUGUGAAAUCGGAGGAAGACGAAACGAAGCCAAAAGAAGAGAACAUUGAGAAAAUCGAGAAAAAGAAAAGAGAAAUCGUAGAGAACGGGUCCGUCGAGCAGACUUUGAGUGAGCCAUUGAAGGUUUUGCCGAUUGGGGAAGAGCCAAUCCCUAUUCCUCCACCAAUCCCACCACCAGGUGCUCCACUGGAAACUCUUUCUCCUUCUUCACCGAGAACCUCGGAACCGUCAUCCGCAUUAAUCGAAACUGCAGUUGAGCGAAACGCCGAAUCAUCGGUCUCUUUCGACACUUCGCAGUCAAUGUACAAAGUUUGUAGAUGCCGGAAGAAAGAAAGAGGCGCUUUGUUAAAGGAUUCGGAUGCUCCUGUCUAUGAUCCAACUCUUAAAUUGGAUAUCCCAAUGACUCGAGUCAUUCCCGUCACUUUCACCAAAUACAACCCACCGAAUCUUUUGGAUGCACCGACUAAUGGAAGUACUGAAAUCAUCGAGCUCCCCGACUUUUUCACUUCACCUAUUGAAGAGGAGCCGGAUAACUUUUUGACUGGAAUGUAUCCGAUGAUUGCCACUAUGACCGCCGCUCACCAACACGCUUGUCUCAUCAAUCAUCUCGUGGAGAAUUAUGAAUUUUUCGAGUGA